UUUUCCUGACACAGGGCCAUAUUUGUUGGCAUGGUGUCUUUCAUAAUUUAUACCUUGAUUUGUCAAUUUCCCAUGGAUAUGAUAUUUAGUUGAGAGAGCAAAACCUUAUUCUUAUAAAUUCCAUUGUUAAUAGACAAUGCACCUAUCUUGUUACUGCAAUUCCAUAAUUUGCUUUUCCAUUAAGUAUUUUGUGAACUUGGAAUUUUAAUUGAGCUAGUACCUGUUUGAGAGCUAAUAGACAAUUGCUUUUCCAUUAUAUGCAAAUAUCUACACAAGGGAAGCCUUACAGAAACACAUCCAUGACCACUUAGCGAAGACUGAAGUACUCUAGUCAAUUUGGAAUCCCUGUAAGCUUGUAGCUGAAGUUCUUGAGAGGUGCUGAAAUUGGUUAGGCAAUAGCAAAAGACAUAUUCCCCUGCUUUCAUUUACUGGAAGUUCAAAGUCAUGCCAAAGGUGAAGCGUUUUAGAAAUCCACAAAAAUCAGCACCUCAACCACAAUGUCCCUCACCAAGUGAUUCCACACAAGCUCCUGAAGUCCCAACUGGUAAUGUCCCUCUUUCUCAUGAAUCAACAUCUGAAGUUCCAGCAAUGAAUCCUGAAAUUUCUUCCCCACCAAGUGAUUCCACACAAGCUCCUGAAGUCCCAACUGGUAAUGUCCCUCUUUCUCAUGUAUCAACAUCUGAAGAUCCACAAGAAGAUGAAACAACUAGACGUCAUGUUGGGCGUGAGUCUACACACUGUUGGACUGUUGAGGCAAUAGACUCUGAAGAAAUGAUCAAGAAGAUUAAGGUGAAAGUUAGGGGAGUCAAUAGCUUACCUAGGGAGUUACGCAUCAUUGUGAAUUUUGAUGACCAAGGCCAAGCAAUUGGUGAAGCACAAGCCUUGCUUGCAGGAUUUCUUGGAACACUAGCAGCUGAUUGCAAAUUAUUUCCUAUGGAUUAUGAUAGAUGGUCUGGACCUUCAGGCGUACCUAAAGCUUAUUUUGAUGAUUGCUUUGAAACAAUUUUAAAGCCUCGAUUUUAUUUUAAGAUUAAUGAAGCUGGUGCAAAACGGUAUUGCAAAUUAAGUAUGGGAAGAAAAUGGGCUGCAAAUAGGCAAAGCUUAUGGAAUGAAUUCAACGAUCCAACCAAAACAAGAGAUGAAAUCAUAAAAAAUGUGCCGAUAGGCAUAGAUAAAGAUCAAUGGGCUCGUUUUGUUCAUUAUCGUCAUAAACCAUCAACAUUGGAACUUUGUAGGAGAAAUAAAGAAAUUCGAAGCAAGCAAGUUAUUCCACACACUGGUGGAUCCAAAGCUAAUCCUAGAAGAAGAAAUGAGUUGUUGUUAGAAACUGGGAAGCUACCAAGUCGUGGACAAUUAUAUAUUGAAACUCAUAAAAGGAAAGAUGGAUCAUUUGUAAAUGAAGCAGCGAAGACUAUAGCGGAACAAAUUGAAGUAGGAUUGACUCAAAGCAUAGUUGAUGAAUCUGAAGUUUCUCCUCUUGAUGCUGUUGGUAGAGUGUUAGGGUUAGAGCACUCUGGGAGAGUGCGAUGCAUGGGAUUAGGAGCUGUUCCUUCUAAUACAUUCAGGAACACAAGACUUCGAGCUUCUAGUCUGAGCUCUUCUUCAUCUGGUGUUGCCUUUCCAUCUUCAAACCAAUGGCAAGAGAAAUACAACAAUUUAGAAUCAGCUUUUAAGGCCUACAUGAUAAUGAAGGAAGGAAGGAUCCCUGAAGAAUUAGCUAGUUAUUUCACUCCUGAUCAAACACAUCCAAAUGAUGCUUCAAGUGUUCCUAAUACACCUUUGGAUGCAAGAGGAUCUUCUGGUGCUAGCAACCCUUAG